UUUUCGCUCUCUAUAAAUUAGCCAUUUCUCAAUCUAUUUUUUUAUCACACUCACAAACCUCCAAAUUCUUGAACAAAAUAACAUUCGAAAGAAAUGAGUGGAAAAGGCAGCAGCAACGGUGCAGGAAAGAGUGGUGGAGAUGGAGGAAAGAGCGGUGGAGGUAGUGGAAACGUUGGAAGAGGAGGAGGAGGUAACAUGGUAGCACCAGGCACUAAGGGAGGUGCAUACAUCUCAAGAGGUGGAUUUGAAAGUAAUCCUCAAGGUUACUUUAGUAAUCUGCAUGGUAGUGGACAGAGCAAGAAGUGACUGAUGACUUCCGAUUACAAUCAUGAGCCAUCUUCUUUUCAUCUAAUUCUCUAGUUCCUUAAAUAAA